AUGCACAAUAAGUUGAAAAGGAGCUUGAGGAGAAUAAUGGCGAACGUUCGUGGAAGUUGUGUAGAAGCCAAGGAUUCAGGUGGAGAUGGGAAAUUGAUGAUGAAUGUGUGUUUCGAUGCAAUGUAUGAGGUCUUUCCGAUGGAGGUUUCUGUUUUGAGUCUUGGAAAUAGGAGGGAUUAUAGCUCCCUUGCUCUUAUCGAUGAAUUGUCUGAAUGCAUGGAGAAAGGCGCGCUGUCGAAGCCUUUGUAA